CCUGCUAAACCAGUGAAGAAAGAUUAAAAUACUUAUUCAACACUUUAGAAGUAAGUCGAGGACAAAAUGGACAAUCUUUACAUGAAAGGCGAACUUAUCCAAGUUCACACUAAAAAUAGCGAAAUAGUAGAAGGCAGGUUUCACAGCAUGAAUAAUGAUAAAUCAAAGAUAUCACUUUACGAAGUCAAAGAAUUACCGGAAGGUGAACUAAAUGAUGGAGUUUGCCACUACUAUGAUUCAGAAGUAAGAAAUAUUGUAAAGUUGCAAGAAACUAAUCAGCAUACUUACUUAAAGAUCACACAAAAAGAAUGUGAAGACAUUAUAAAAAUAUCUAAAAAAUAUAUUUAUAUAAACCAAGUUGAUCAAACUUUUCAUGAGGCAAUUAAUGAUUUGAAUCAGUAUAACUAUGUUGCCGUAAGUUCAGAUGGUGCAAAUAUGGGUCGAAAAUGUAAGAUGCCAUUUUUGGUCAUCUCUACACCACAACAAAUAUAUAUAUUUGACAUUCAAGUUCUUCAGUAUCAUGCUUUUGAAGCUGGCUUAAAAAAAAUACUUGAGGAUGAUACUCCUAAAAAGAUUGUCCAUGAUUGUAGAAAACUAUCUGAUUGCUUAUACCACAAACAUAAUGUUAAGCUGAAAUCUGUGUUUGAUACUCAGGUUGGCGAUCUUAUCAUAUCAAAAAAUAAAACUGGACGUUUACCUAACAAUGUAAAAAGUCUCUCGGAGUGUCUUAACAAUCACCUUGGUUUGAAACAUAAUACUAUCCAAGAACAAUUGGACAUUGUAAAAUGUACAGAGCGCCCACUAGCUAAUAGUAUCAAAGAGGCACUUGCAAAGAAUAUAUGUUACUUGCAUCGUCUUUCAGAAAUGAUUAAUGAUGAAAUAAUGCUACCUUUUAUAAGGGGCGUUGAAUGUUUUGUCGAAAAUUUACGCUUGUGUGAUGAUUUUAAAGCUUGGGAGCUGUGUGGCAAGCAAUAUCAAUUACCAAAGGAUUUUAAAAAUGCUAUAGAAUAUUAACAUUCCACAAAAUAAAUUUUAGUCUUAGGCUUUAUUUUUUCUUUUUUUUUUUUUCUUUUGCCUCGUUUAAAAAAGAUUGUAUAAUCCAGUAACAUAAUUUUUGUUGAUUUCAAUAUAGAUUAUCAUUUUCAAAUUUUAGCAAAAUAGAAAUAUAUUUACGAUUUGAGUGCAUUUAAAAAAAAAUUACUGACAAAGUUCAAAAAUAAUCAGUAUCCAAAGUAUUAUUUGUUAAAAUAUUUAAAAAUGUUAAGAUUUAUUUAAAAUAAAAUUACGCCCACAUCUGUGAUUAAUAACACAAAUUCUUUGUAUAACAGUUCUCACAAAUUAAAAAAUGCACUAAAAUUUGUAUUAUUUUUAUAGUCUAUAUCUAUAAAAUCAUUUUCAAGAUAUAAAUGUAUAACUUAAGCAUCACUUACUGUCUUACUAAGCUUUUUUAGAAUAAGAUUGUUCAUGUCUGUGAGUAUGAAAGUAUAAGAAAGAUAUUUUGAGAAAUGGUUUACAAUCGUGGUUAGUUACAGAUAAGUUAAGCUUAGGCUUAUAGAAUUGUGCUUUCAUCACCUUUUUCAUAGAUUAAGAAUUACAUUGUGCUUUUGUGGAAUAAGUAAUUUGCUAAUAAAGUAUAUUUGAGCUUAAAAA